AUGAUCUCCCUUCCGCUGGAUGCUGGCGGCUCCCCAUCGAUCACGCUUGACGACGUUCCUACCUCUAGCUCUUGGGUUGCUAUUGCCAUGGUUGAAGCCGUAUCACUUUCGUUUGAGGAAAGAGUCUGGUCUGUAGGGGCCGGUACAUUAGCUAACAAGGUGGGUGGGUUGGACAAGCUGGUCUUUGUCUCGUCUACCGGCACGGCCUUAUUUGAUGCAGCAGCCGGGCUGGCAAUGGCUACCAAGCCGGUGCCACUGCCUACCGAGUAUAAAUUCUCAUCACUUGUACUGAUUGGACUGAAGACAGCGACGCCAGGAAUCGACGACGGUUCAGCGAGACUCGAAUUGCUCAUCGUCCUGGCUAUGGUUGAUGCUAAUGUUAAGCCUGGCUUGCUGCCAGCCGGGAUAUGGGAGGAGUGA